CCGGUGUUGACUGGAGAUACUGUUUGUGUAGGAUACUAAAAUGAAGAUAUUUCAAACACACGUAGUUUUGCUGUUCACCUGGAAUAUUGUUCUUGUUUGCCAAUUAUGUCGUUAGUAUUAGAAGUGUUUAGUAAAUCAUACAGUUAGCUCAUACGGAGUGAUGCAGCGUGAUUUGGUAGUUUACAGUAUGACAAAUGUAAUGAGACAAACCUUGGAUCUAAAGGAUGUAAAAGGCAAGAGAAGAAGACUUAAAAGACAAGUUAGAAGAUACACUAGACAAAGAGUAGGACCCGAAGAAGAAGUUAUUACGGAGGAGGUAGAGAGCGAGUACUAUGAGACAGACUCAGACGGGUCCGUGGAGUCGUGGCAACUAGACCCAAUAGGGGUCCAAGUGAACAAUGCUAGAAAACAACGCAAACAGAUCCAUGAAAAAUACGGUCACAAUCCCGUAUUUCAAACAAAAUCUAUUAUGACAAGGAGAGAGACGGAUAAAAAAUUCCAACCAGAAAAACAGAAGACGACCAAAGAGGUUCUAAAAUCUGAAAUGAAGACAAAACGGAAAGAGAAUCAGGAUGAUGACUUUAUUGAUGACAGCUCAUUUAACGAACGACGUAAAACACCCUUCUUGACGGAAUAUGCAUACAAGCUGUCCAUGAACAGACGGUUUGAAGAUGAGGGUUUUUGGGAUGACCCUGCCACUAAAGCAACAGCUGGAGAGCUUUUUGGACUGGACAAGUUAGACGAACAACUGUAUGGCCGUGGUGUGGACGAUUCAGAAAGACGUACAGACGGGUCUGAAAAGGACAAGGAUUCUGAAGAGGAAAGCAUUAAGGAUAUUGAAGAUUAUGGAGAUUCUUGCCCAAACAAAUCGAUCAGUCCAGCCAUGAAGCCAGCCUCGGAUAGUUCAGUGAAUUCAGAGGAUUUUCCAGGAAAGAAACCAACCAGUCCAGCCAUAAAGUCAGCCUCAGCUAGCUCGCUGGAGUUUACUGACAGCGAUGCUGAAUCUAAAACCAAAGUCAUUCAAUGCAGUACAGAUCACGCAGAACUUAAAAAGGACAAAGCGCGAGUUCGCUCAGCAAUACGUCAUCUUUUAACUGAAAGACUUUUCGGUUUGAUCAAUGGCGGUGACAGAUCAACCAUUGAUGGUAGAAGAUCAAGCAGGGGUGGUGGCGGAUCAACCAGGGGCGGUGGUAGAUCAAUGAUUGUUGGUGGCAGAUCAAAACAGUGGUAUAGCGGAUUGGAUUUUGGUGGUAGCGGAUUGUCCAUGACAAAGACUAACGAAGGAAAGUCAGAGGUUGCUUUGGUUGAUGACUACAAUGAAUCUGAAAGCGCCACAAAAUCUGCAUUGUCAUCAGAUAGAGGGUUGCCUCCCCUGUCAGGGUCAAUCCCACCAUCAGUGGCGCCACGAUCUACGUCAUAUCCACAUCCGGGUCUUAGAGUUUCUGAUCAGUCUACUAUAUUAGCCGAUGGUCUCGAGAAAGAUAAAAUAUUUAUAAACCGAGCUCAGAAAAGUCAUAUUCACUGUUUCAAGACGGACUAUAAUGGUGGACCCGAGAGACGCUUUGUAAAACAUGUUGAUACUACACAAAUACUGGUUGAGAUGAUGCCGAGUCCAUAUCAUCCUGUAUUAAUUAAGAAUCCGAACUCUCCAAUGACGUUUGUGUCUAGGAGAGACGUGAACGUAUCCAAGGCGCCGAUAAGCUACACGACCAGAUCCAGACACGUAGAUGUCUUGUCCAUGGACGAAUGGAGGCUGAGGAAACUGCUGGAUGAGCUGUAUAAGGAUAAGAAAUACAUGGAUCUACUCCUACACAAAGAAGGCAAACCCUCAGACGUCAAGCAGUUGGCACACUAUGGAAGGGACUACCUCUUACAAAUCGCAGACCUUUGGGAGUCUAAAGGUAUUCUUCCGCCACGUCCAGAUCAGACAAUGGCGGAUUCCAAGGCGCCAGUGUGUUCUAAAACAUCGUUAAGUCUCAAAACAGAAAGCAAAGAUUCGAAAACAGACGCCAGUCGACUUGGCCUAGACAGGAACAAAACUGUAUCCUAGUGCAGCCAACUGUAACGUAAUAGUUAAACCGUUGGUUUUGGGGUUGGUGGGUACUGUGUUCCAGUCUCAGACACAACUUACAGCUCAACAGAGAUUUGUAGAGUCAUUACAAUGGAUUAUGUCUCGUUAACCUCUGACUGUUUACAAUCGUACCUCUGACAUGGACAGAUGGCCUAGAUAACUGGUCUGUUUGCCUAGUCAAAUUUCGUUAUCUUGACCUCUGUAAACUCGAGUACCCAACACAUCUCGAGGUCCAGUGCCAGUCCCGGUAAUUUUCAUAUGCAAUGUUACGAAUUUAAACACUGUUAUCUAGAGCAUGCUAAUCUCGAUUACGAGGCUUAUCUCGAGCAUAUUUUGGUGUCCCUAGGUGCACGUUGCUGUUUUUUCUCGAAAUAUAUAAAACAAUUGCAUGUAAAAUGCCUCUUUUUUCACUUAUGCUUAUGGUAUUAAUUAAUAUAUAUAGUUGGAUAUACAUAUAUGUAUCUUGUUAUAUGUAGUUGCUGCUUAUUUAAUAAUAAUGUUUAAUGCGUUGAUAUUCUUGAUAGUCUGAUUAUGAUUUUUAACCAAAUAAACAAUCUUAUUAGAUUAAUAAAAUUUGAGAAUCUACAUUGGAAUUAAAGUGUUUUUAACAAUUAAAGUUGUCUCUUACAAGAUUUAU